UAUGGACGGCAACGCCGCCCCUGACGCCUACGCCAGGUACGAGGCGAUCGCUUCCUCCCUCCCGACGUCGGCGUGCCAGGGCCUGGGGGCCGCCGCGUACAAGAACCACCGCGGCUUCUGGUACCCGGCGCACCAAAUGUCGCCGACGCUCGCCGCGCGGGACACCUUCGUCGCCCGCCCCACCGACAUCCUCGUCGCCACCCUGCCCAAGUCCGGCACCACGUGGCUCAAGGCGCUCGUGUUCGCCGUCGCGUACCGCCGCACGCACACGCCAGCACUGGAGGACGGCGCGGGGCAGCGCCGCCACCCGCUCCUGGGCUCCAGCCCCCACGACCUCGUCCCAUUCCUGCACUACGUCUACGAGAAGCACCAGUCGGCCGCGGCGCCGCUCCUGGAGGCGAUGCCGGCGCCGCGCGUGCUGGCCGUGCACGCGCCGCUCUCGGCGCUGCCGGCGUCCGUGGCCGGCUCCGGCUGCCGCGCCGUCUACAUGUGCCGGGACCCCAAGGACGCGCUCGUCUCGCUCUGGCACUACCUCCGCAAAGCCAACCGUCCGGGCGCCACCGCGGCGUCGCUCGAGGAGCUGCUCGCGGCGUUCUGCGACGGCGUCUCGCCGUUCGGGCCGGCGUGGGAGCACGUGGCCGAGUACUGGAGGGAGAGCCUGGCGCGGCCGGAGCAGGUCAUGUUCCUCCGGUACGAGCACGUCAAGGAGGACACGGUGGGGAGCGCGAAGCGGCUCGCCGAGUUCCUCGGCUGCCCGUUCACGGCCGAGGAGGCGGCCGGGGGCGUCCCCGAGGCCGUGGCAGCGCUUUGGUAUAUGGCCCACCUGUCAGUAUCUCCACUCCUCACUCUCUCGUGCAUUUUAUCAAGCACCCUAUGCGCACAGCCACGCCCACGCCAUGGCCGUCACUACCUCGCCAGCGCGACUCCUCCAGCGCCGGCAGCCAGCGCCGCCACCUUUAGCUCCCCUGCACGCUUCCCCUCCUCCUCCUCCUCCUCCUCCCGUCACCAACUCCACCCCGCGCUCGCCGCCAGCAGCAGAACGAGCAGCGCGCGCCGGACAACCGGCUGCUGACCAAGCCGCGCGUGCCCGACUGCAUCCUCGUCAAGGGAACAAGCACGCCGGCCAGCCGGCUGCGGACCGAACUGUGCGCCGCCACCUCCAGCUCCUCCCCGCGCGCUUGCCCUCUCCUCCCGUUUCCUGUCCCACGCCAUGCUCGCCGCCCGCUGCGGACCGGCAAGCUGCAGCAGCAGAUACUCCCGACCACGCCGGGCACGCAUCCCCCUCUGGUCUAGCCCUGGCCCCACGCUCGCUUCCCUUUGCUCUGUGGCGGCCGCGAGUUCCGGGCGCAUCUGAAGCUGGUCGGUGGCUGCCUGCGGGAGGCGAGUCGGGCACGGCGAAGGCGGAGCUCGCCGGGAUGCAGCGCUGCGAGGUAGGCCUGCCGGCGGCCAACUAGCGUGCGAGGCGACGGGCGGCAGUGCUUCGAGGCAGGCCUGCCGGCGGCCGACUAGGGCGCUGGGGGCGGCCGGUGCGGGCGCGGGCUCGCUAGGCACGGCGAUGGACUUUUUUUAAGAACGAUGGAUGCGAACUGGUCAAACCUAACAAAGUUAGCGCCGUUAGUACAUGCGUGACGGGCGGCGUCUUCAUCCUCACCACGUGGCACAUUAUACUGGGACCCAUCCGUCAGAUUUUGCAUCAAGCUGCUAUAAUCAGUCAAUUAGCGUUUUUUGAAAACUGUCACCGCAAUAUUGGUGGUUUUUUGAAAAAAAACUGAAUGAUGGUGGUUUUCUGAAUUAGAGUCCCCAAUUGUGGUGGUUUUUUGCAAUUUACUCAAAAACCCUGAGAAGCACCUUGUGAAGUGAAACAUAAACCCUCGGCGUCGACUCAGACGGCAAUGGAUGCCUUGUUGGUGUGCAAUGUGUAUCUGAAGUUGUAUGUAAGAUUUAAAUACUGUAGUAGAGACAGAGAUACAAGAAUCUUGACACUCCGAUGUGCAUAAUUCAGCUGCAAGCCAGCGAUUGCUUGCCACGAAAUUUUUCAUGUUACAAGCACACAGUGCUCAAAAUAAGACAUCGGUAAUUUCUGUGCUGGGCAAUGGUCAAAGAACAGAAG